CCCUCAGACGACCCACGUGACCCUCCCCAGCAGUUCCCAGGCGGUCGCAGUGCAGAGCCGGAGACGAUGAAUCCGAGGUUGGGGUUGUUGGUUCUUGUGGCUGUAGGCCUCGUCUGCCUCAGCCUGGCUCAGGUCCCCGAGGACGACGGUCUUGACGACGUGGACGUGGAGGACGAGCUGGACCUGGGUCUGGCUGGAGCCGACGACGAGGAAGACCUGGACGACGACCCCAUGGACGACGAAGCUCCGCCCGCUCCCAAGACUCCUCCCACUCCACAGGUGAUGUACAAAGCUCCAGAGCCGAUGGGAGAGCACUUCUUCGCGGAGUCUUUUGACCGGGGGACGAUGGACGGGUGGGUGCUGUCCCGCGCCAAGAAAGACGAUGCGGACGAAGAGAUCGCCAAGUACGACGGGAAAUGGGCCGUGGAGGAGAUGAAGGACUCCAAGCUGCCCGGAGACAUGGGUCUGGUCCUGAAGUCUCGAGCCAAACACCACGCCAUCUCUUCCCUGCUGCUGCGACCUUUCACCUUCGAGGACAAACCCCUCAUCGUCCAGUACGAGGUGAACUUCCAGUCUGGUAUCGACUGUGGCGGCGCCUACGUCAAGCUGCUGACUCAGACUCCUGACCUGGACCUGAACCAGUUUGUGGAUAAAACUUCGUACACCAUCAUGUUCGGACCGGACAAGUGCGGAGAAGAUUACAAACUGCACUUCAUCUUCAGACACAAAAACCCCAAAACGGGCGAGUUCGAGGAGAAACACGCCAAGAAGCCCGACGCCGACCUCAGGACCUAUUACACUGACAAGAAGACACACCUCUACACCCUCGUGUUGAACCCUGACAACAGCUUCGAGGUGCUGGUGGAUCAGACCGUGGUGAACAGCGGGAACCUGCUGACCGACAUGACGCCGCCCGUCAACCCGCCGGCCGAGAUCGAGGACCCCGACGACCACAAGCCGGAGGACUGGGACGAGAGGGCCAAGAUCCAGGACCCCGACGCAGUGAAGCCCGAAGACUGGGACGAAGACGCCCCCGCUCAGAUCGCAGACGAAGAUGCGGUGAAGCCGGACGGCUGGCUGGAUGACGAGCCCGAGUACAUCGGAGACCCCGAAGCCGCCAAACCCGAGGACUGGGACGAGGACAUGGACGGCGAGUGGGAGGCCCCUCAGAUCCCGAACCCGGCCUGUGAGACCGCCCCCGGCUGUGGCGUCUGGAAACGGCCCAUGAUCGACAACCCCAACUACAAGGGCAAGUGGAAGCCCCCCAUGAUCGACAACCCCAACUACCAGGGUGUCUGGAAGCCGAGGAAGAUCCCCAACCCGGCCUUCUUCGAGGACCUGCACCCCUUCAAGAUGACGCCGUUCAGCGCGGUGGGCCUGGAGCUGUGGUCCAUGACCUCUGACAUCUUCUUCGACAACUUCUUCAUCACCAACGACCGCAACACGGCCGACCGCUGGGCCAACGACGGCUGGGGGCUGAAGAAGGCGGCGGAGGGCGCUGCUGAGCCCAGUCUGGCCUCUCAGAUGCUGACCGCCGCUGAGGAGCGACCGUGGCUCUGGAUCGUCUACGUCCUCACUGUCGCUCUGCCGCUCGUCCUCAUCAUCGUCUUCUGUUGCACCGGAAAGAAGAAGAGCGCAGCCACGCCGGCAGAGUACAAGAAGACGGACGAGCCUCAGCCUGACGUGAAGGAGGAUGAGGAGGGGGAGGAAGAGGAGGUGGAGGAGGAGAAGGCUGAGGAGGCUGAGAAGAGCAGUCCAGCUGCAGAGAAGAGCGAUGAAGAGGAAAGUCCCGCAGAGAAGGAAGGGGCAGCUGAGGAGGAAGAGGAGGAGGGGGAGGAAGAAGCAGAGGAAGAGGAGAAGGAGCCCACAUCUGAUGAGAAGGAGGAGGACGUUCUGCGGAGAUCCCCCAGGAACAGGAAAGUCAGAAGGGACUGAUAUCUCUGAAUCCACAGCCCUGACCUCCACACCUUCCUCCACCUCCUCCCUGCCUGAAGCGUCCCCUCCCCCCUCCCCUGCUCCGCCUCUUCUUCUUCUACUCCUCUGCUCUGAGGCCGUGAAGCCUGAAAGGAACCAGUGGAAGCAGCGACAGGAAACCAACCCAGAUCUCCAGUGUGGACGCCUGAUGAUGAUGAUGAUGAAGAUAAUGAUUCCAGUAUGAACUGAGUUAGUGUGAUUAUGAUUCUUCUUUUUUUUUUUUAAGAUUAACUAAGAUUUACUAAAACUUCCUUUGUCAUUCCUUUAACUGAGUGGAUUUGAACCCACGAGGAGUCUGCCCCCGCCUGCUCCCAGCUCGCCCCGUCCACCAGCUGCCUCGUUAGCCUGUUAGCAAGCUGCUAAUGCCCCCGGCAGACGACUCAACUGUCUAAUGUCCGUCAGCUGUCAGCGAUAACCUCUGAGCAGGCUAGUUAGCUUCGUCCAGCGUGCAGCAAGCUAGCGGCCGAACCAUCAUCAAGGCCGAGGCGGAUUUCAGCUCCAAGUGACCGUCUUUUGGUUUUCAUCUCGAAUCUUCCAACUCGUUGACCAGCAAGCUAAUUAUCCUGCAGAGGACCUGACAGCUGAGACAACACUUCAGCCUCCUUUGAAACUCCACGUCUGAGUUAU